AUGGUGUUCUCCCGACGCGACGGGGUCUGGGCCCCGCAGCCUGCCCCCAUGCGCCGCUCGCGGGCCUGCGCGGCCGCCGCCGCCGCCGCCGCGGUGGCCAGCGUGGUCGGCUGCCUGCGGCCCUCCGCCUUCUCGCUGCCGGUGCGGGCCGCGGCGGGGGCCGGCGCCGCUGGCGCGGGCCCGCGGCAGCACCUCCUCGGGGCCGCGGCGGCGGCGGCCGCCGCAGCGCCGGGCUCGGCCUCGAAGCUCUCGGCCCGCGGCAGCGGCGGCGGGGUCGGCGCCGCCGGGCUCGCCCUCGCGUCGGUGGCGGUGGCCGCCGCCUCCGCUGGGCGCCGCCGCGCGGCCGCGAUGCGCGCACGCGGGGGCGACGAGGAGGAGAGCGGCUGGACCGGCGCCCUGAAGUGGUCCGCGCUCUCGGGCGAGGUGCCCCUCGUCAUGGACAGCAUUGCCGUGGCCAAGGUCCUGCCGCACCGCUACCCCUUCCUGCUCGUGGACAAGGUCAUCGAGCUGGAGCCGGGGAAGCGCGCGGUCGGCGUCAAGUGCAUCACGGCCAACGAGCCGCAGUUUACGGGCCACUUCCCGGACAAGCCUAUCAUGCCAGGCGUGCUCCAGGUGGAGGCGUUGGCCCAGCUCUUCGGCCUCGUGUGCCUGCAGCCGCCGAUGACGGACGGAACCGGCAAUCCCGAUUUCUUCUUCACGGGCAUCGAUGGCGUCAAGUUCAGGAAGCCAGUGGUGCCAGGCGACGUCUUGGUGAUGGAGGCCACGCUGGAGAAGUUCCGGGAGAAAGCCGGGAUUGCCAAAGCGAGUGGCAGGGGUUACGUCGACGGCAAGCUCGCCGUGGAAGUGAAAGAGAUGACCUUCGUCAUCUUGAAGGAGGACAAGUAG